AUGGGACACAGGGGAAGCACCUUGUCAGGCCACAAGAGGACCACGGGGCCCCCAGAAACACCCACAGGACACAGAGGAAAGACCACAUCGGGCCAUGAGAGGACCACGGGGCCCCCAGAAACAUCCACGGGACAUGGAGGAAAGACCACAUCAGGCCAUGAGAGGACCACGGGGGCCCCAGAAACACCCACAGGACAUGGAGGAAAGACCACAUCGGGCCACGAGAGGACCACGGGGCCCCCAGAAACAUCCACGGGACAUGGAGGAAAGACCAAAUGGACCCAUUACAAGAACUCAGGAGCUCCAGCAGAAUCUACUAGACACCAAGGAAAGACUACAUUGGCCACUGAGACCAUAAAAUCCCCAAUUAAACACACAGAAAAUUCAACAAAAGUCACAGCAGCCACAGAGAGUAUAAGACCUCCAGUGAAGGUCACAGGAGACACGUCUAUCAGUACUACCUCUCCUUGUCCAAAAAAACCUGAGGUUUCCCGUCAUGUGUCAGUUGGUUCUUCGACAGCCACCAGGUCGAUCAUGUCGGAAGCCCCUGACAAGAGCCAUCCACACCAGAACAAAGCUGGCUCACAAGGAGAUUUCCAUGCUGGAGAGAGGGGGGAGAAUGAUUCCUUCCCUGCAUGGGCCAUAGUUAUCGUGGUCCUGUUGAUAGUGAUUCUCCUCCUGGUGUUCCUUGGCCUGAUUUUCUUGGUCUCCUAUUUGGCACGAACACACCGUGCACUGACCCAGAACACUGAGGACAAUGACCCAGAGGAUGAUGGGGGCCCCAUUUCCUAUCCAGUCCACCUGAUGGAGCAACGGACUCUCGGCAUGACCCAGAUCUCUUCCCCACAAUGAUCUUUCAGAACUCGCCAACCCCCAGCUCUUCCAUGCCUUACCCCUUUCCUGGAUGGAAAAUGAGACCCACAAUUCCUAUUUCCUGGACUCCAGGAAGGGCAAAGUACUGAUGGUUAACACUUCAACCCUUCAACUGCUGUGUUAUUGAAACUGGUCAAGGGGUGAAGUGAUAAGCAAAAAGGAUAUGAGUUUGGGGUAUAGAAAAGAAAGAACGAAUAAUACAGGCAAGUGUUCGCUAGAGAAGAUGAUGAUCUGAAAAUGAAAAGGCGUCUGAUGGAUGUACAGAGUGGGGAUCAAUAUAGGACUCUGAGUUUUGGGAGGGACAGCACAGU